UAGUCGCAGGCUGCAGUGAACACAACUUCUGUGUGCUCGUAAAUUCCCUUCCUAUUGCACAUGUACGCAAGAUGACGAGACCAACAGUGAUACGGGAGAUUUCGGCCAGAGACAUCAGGUUCCCGACUACCCUCGAAGGAGACGGGUCGGACGCCAUGAAUGAACCUGACUACUCCUGCGCUUACGUGGUGGUCAAGACAGACACCGAGUUAGAAGGCUAUGGGUUAACAUUUACCGUUGGCAAAGGGAAUGAAAUUGUAUGCUGCGCCAUCAAGGCGUACACUCAGUUAAUAGUGGGGAAACGUCUGGCGGAUAUCUUCGCUGAUUUCGGUGGUUUCUACAGAGAUGUUGUCCAGCACGGACAGUUGAGAUGGCUGGGUCCCGAAAAAGGUGUAACCCAUCUGGCUACGGCAGCCAUUUUUAAUGCUCUGUGGGACCUAUGGGCUCGAAUGGAGGGAAAGCCAGUAUGGAAGCUUCUUGCAGAUAUGGCCCCGGAGCAGAUCGUUUCGCUGGUUGAUUUCAGAUACAUAAACGAUUUAAUCACGAGAGAAGAGGCUAUAGGGUUACUGAAAGCAGGACAGCAGGGCAAAGAAGACAGAUUGGCCAAACUGUUGGCGCAGGGCUAUCCCGCGUACACGACAUCCUGUGGUUGGCUCGGUUAUCCUGACGACAAGAUAAGGCAGCUGUGUGAAGAAGCUCUGACAGAGGGGUUUGAUGUCUUCAAAAUGAAAGUUGGAGCUGAUGUCCAGGAUGAUAUCAGGCGUAUUCAGAUAAUCAGAGAAAUGAUUGGACCGGACCGAAAAUUGAUGACUGAUGCUAACCAACGAUGGGACGUGAACGAGGCAAUUGAUUGGAUGAAGAAGUUGGCACCUUUCAAACCGUACUGGAUUGAAGAACCCACUUGCCCAGAUGAUAUCUUAGGACACGCCACCAUAGCAAAGGCGUUAAACCCUCUUGGCAUUGGAGUGGCUACUGGGGAGCAAUGCCAGAACCGCAUCAUGUUCAAGCAGUUUUUGCGGGGCGGAGCUUUACAGUUCUGUCAGAUUGACAGCUGUCGGUUGGGCAGUCUAAACGAGAUCAUAGCAGUUCUUCUUAUGGCCGCUAAAGUUAACAUACCAGUGUGUCCGCAUGGAGGAGGGGUGGGUUUGUGUGAAUACAUCCAGCACAUCUCUAUGUUUGAUUACCUCUGCGUGUCGGGCUCCAUGGAAAACAGAGUAACGGAAUACGUGGACCACCUCCACGAGCAUUUUGUCACACCUGUCAUCAUGAAGAAGGGUCAUUACCAAGUGCCACAGGCCCCUGGAUACAGUAUAGAGAUGAAAGCCGAUUCUUUAGACAUGUAUGAAUAUCCAAAAGGCAAAGUCUGGCAGAAACUCUUUGAUGAUGGCAUUUACGAAAGAGAAUGAAAAACGCUUAAACAAAGAUUGCAAAGAUCGGUACAAAUACGCGAUCGAAAUUAAAUCUCAUGUUUUGAUUCAUAUUUUAAUACUCGCUAUAUAAUUAUGUGUUUUUAUCUAAAAAUUUUAUAUUCUUCCACAAGGGGUUAGUCUUCUUGAUUUCAAAUGACAGUCUUAUACGCUUGUUUUAUUUGUUUGUAAAAUUUGAAAAACGCUUUAAUUGAGAUGUUAAAACAUACAGUAUUAUCAGUUGCACUGACAAUUUACAGUUCAUUAAAUUUACAAA